AUGGAGAGUUCACCCAGUCCCACAUACAUCGGCGACAACGCUCCGGAGGAGUUCCUGCCUUACAUCUCCGAGCAUUGGCUCAAGUUUCUCGCUCCGAAUCCCAGUAUGAACUAUGUCCUAGGAAUCAUCUACAUUUUCUUCAUGAUAUUUUCCCUCUUCGGCAAUGGCUUCAUCCUUUUCCUCAUCAUCAGAUGUCCGUCUUUGCAAUCGUGUUCGAACUGCUUGGUGGGAAGCCUGGCCACGGCCGACUUCCUCAUGAUGCUGAAGACGCCCGUCUUCAUCAUCCAGAGCUUCCAGCAGGGACCCACGCUCGGCUCCCUCGGAUGUCAGCUGUACGGGGCAAUAGGGUUUCUGUCCGGGUUCGCGGCGAUCUGGUCCGUCAUGGCGAUCGCGAUCGAUCGAUACCUCGUCUUCGCCAAUCCCUUCGACAUGGGGCGGCGACUUGACCGCAAAAGGACCACGAUACUAAUCACGUGCAUCUGGUCUUCGUCGGCGCUGUUCACAGUCGCUCCCUUCCUCGGCUUCAGCCGCUACGUCCCUGAGGGUUAUCUGACUUCCUGUACUAUCGACUAUCUGAGUUCCGACUGGAAAAAGCGGGCAUUUAUCAUCUUGUGCGGAUCUAUCGGCUGGUUGAUUCCGCUUUGCAUCAUCAUGUUCUGCUACGUCGGGAUCAUCCGAGUCACUAGAAAGAGCGAUGAAGCCCUCUUACUGUUAACUAGACGGGACGGUGGAUCCCUUGCCGUAUCUGUGUUCUUGGAGAAGCGAAAGAUGCAGAGAAGGCUGAAUCGCUCGGUGUUGAUGGUGGUAGUGAUCUGGAUGCUGAGCUGGACGCCCUACGCCGCCGUGGUCUUAGUAGGAUCCCUGUGGUCCCAGUACCUCACCCCAGGGAUGUCGAUGAUUCCCGCCCUCGCCUGCAAGGCAUCGGCCUGCAUCAACCCUUACAUCUAUGGGAUCCGGAACCCGCAGUUCUUGGCGGAGGUGAAACGCUUCUUCUCCUGGCCACGGGGCCGAACUCCAUCCCAGAGGCGGGAGCUUAUCUCCCUCUCCGAGUUCCGAGGACAUAGGGAUCGAUCAAUCAACGAGUAA